AAGUUGAGGAAGUCGUGUAAUAGAUCGGGGAAAGAAGAGCCCGUGUUUGUUCUAACGGUGUGCCGCUCAAGAGUCCAGGAAGCGUCAAUAAAACCAUCCUGAUACUAAACACACACUCACUCACUCGCGCGCGCGCACUUAUCAGGACUGUGCCCCGAUCAGGACACUUUUGCAUUAUGCAUUCGGACUGCAGGCUGCAGGGAUGGACGCGUCGGUAAUGGUGGGCAGAGGGACCGGAGGGGCUGCUGCGGUCUUCAUCCUGAUCGUCUUCAUCCUUCUCCUUGGUGCCAGAAGCUCGCGGGCGCAGAAGGGGGACGGCUGUGGACACACAGUGCUGGGUGUGGGCAGUGGAAGCCUGGCGUCUCUGGGGUACCCUCUGUCCUAUCCCUCAAACUGCGUGUGUGAAUGGGAGAUCAGCGUGACCACUGGACACACAAUCAUUGUGCGCAUUGCGGAUCUUGACAUAGACACAAACAACUGCCAAGUGUCUUACCUGCGAUUCUAUAAUGGCCACGGACCAGGGCGAAUGGAAAUUGUGAAGUUUUGUGGAGGGAGAGAAUGGAGAGACGCAGUCAUACAGUCUGAGGGGCAUCAGGUCACAGUGCAGUUCAUGAGUGGACCACACAACAACGGCCGUGGCCUCUUCCUCUCCUACACCAAAAGCCAGCACACAGACCUCAUCACCUGUCUGGAAAAAGGAAAGCACUUCAGUGAAGCAGAGUUCAGUAAAUUCUGUCCUGCUGGAUGCCUGACAGACUUUGGAGAGGUUUCGGGAACCAUACCGCAUGGAUACAGAGAUUCUUCUCCUCUCUGUCUGGCCGGUAUUCAUGCGGGUGUGGUCUCCAACACUCUGGGGGGGCAAAUCAGUGUGGUCAGCAGCAAAGGCAUCCCACACUACGAAAGCUCACUGGCCAACAAUGUGAAAUCUGUGCCUGGAAAUCUCUCCCCCAGCCUGUUUACUUUCAAGACUAGCGGCUGCUAUGGCACUUUGGGUUUGGAGUCAGGGGUGGUCAGUGACUCUCAGAUCACAGCCUCCUCAGAGUGGGAAUGGGGUGGUCACGGAAAGGAGCCCACUGUCUGGGGCCCCACAGGGGCUCGCCUCAAAACACCAGGACGUCCGUGGGCAGCAGCCAACAGUGACACAAAAGAAUGGAUUCAAGUGGACUUGAAGAAAGAGAAAAAAAUAACAGGUAUUACCACCACUGGCUCCAGCCUCCAAGAAUAUCAGUUUUACAUUUCAGCUUAUGAAGUGUUCUAUAGCCAUGAUGGACAGCAAUGGAAACCCUAUCAAGAAGUGGAAUCAGAUAAAAACAAGAUUUUCCAAGGCAACACCAACUAUCUCCAGGAAGUGCGGAACAACUUUAUUCCUCCAAUUGAAGCACGCUUUAUCAGAAUAUGUCCCUUGCAGUGGCACCAGAGGAUCGCCCUUAAAAUGGAGCUGCUGGGCUGCCAACCUCAUGCAGCGAGGCCAAGAAUCUUCCAUACAGCCCCUUCUCCCCCUCGCAGAAAAAGCACAGUGCCCCCCCUACAGGAGAGGACGACACACACGCCCAACAUCCGAAACACCACCAUGCCUCCGCACUCUAACGAUGAGGUGGCACUGGUGGCAGUGUUGGUUCCUGUAUUGGUGGUGGUUCUGACAACCCUGGUGUUAGUGAUGGUGUGCUCAUGGCUGUGGAAGAACAGAAAAAGCCCAGAGGUGACUUAUGACCUUCCACACUGGGAGCGCACAGUGUGGUGGAAGAGUAUGAAACAGUUGCUGCCCUCUAAGUUGGACGGAGACGACUGUGUUCGUUACAGUUCCACGGCACAAGUGGACCACCAGAGACCCCGGGUGGAGCCUGCAGAAUACGCCCAACCGCUUGUCACCGGUACUAUGGCCUCUCUUGGACAAAGGUCAACAUUUAAGCCCGAAGAGGCUGGUGGCCCUGAGUAUGAUGCACCUAUUCCCCCGGAACAUUACCAUGCUUACGCUGAGCCCCUUCCUGCUUCUGGCACUGAAUAUGCCACGCCAAUCAUGAUUGACAGGGCUAACCACCUAUCAGGAGGCACUCUACCAUUCAGGGGGCGUAGUUUAGUGGCUCGGACAGACAGCAGCCAAUCAGCAAGCUCAGCCUAUGACACACCCAAGAGCACAUCUGAUCAAGCCACACCCACAGAGGGACAGUUGUACCAAGUGCCACAGAAUGCCCACACUGCACAGUGUCAGAACAAAGACUGACCAGUCACAAAAGAGCGGACCCAUUUGGAAACCCUGGGCUGAGCACUACCUUUCCCAGAAAUCUGCAGAUCAGAUCAGAAUGUGCCGUCUCAAAUUGUACACCGUGCAAGUCCUAUCACUGAAAUAACACACAGGAAUGUCAGGAGAGAGAGAACAGCAGAGAUCUCGUUACACUACUGUGUUCUGUGAGUGUUUUGUGUGUUCAUACGUCUAAAUGUGUGUGUACGAGUGCAUAUAUGUGACUGUGCUCUGCUAUCAAACUGUGAGUCCUUAUAUAUCUGUGCAUUUUCCUGAGAGCGGAGAUGUAUUCAUCUCGAUCGCUCAUUGUAAGGCACAUUUUUCCCUUUAGGCAAAUAUAUUUUCAACAAAACCACCCUCACAAAAUCACAAAUGAUCGCAUUGCAAAUUAAUAGACAAACACUCUCAUAACACUGUGAUUCACUGUCGUUUUGCACUGUUGUAUUGUAUUCUGCUGUUACAUAGGUGCCUUCUUUGUGACAUAGCAACACAGGCCUGUGCUGGUUUCUCUAGUUCUGUUCCAAAACCUAGUGAGUUAACUUGCCUACAUAGACAUCUGCCUUAACAAUGCAGCAUACUAACUUAUUAUCUGGCAUUGAUUUUCUUAGCCAGAGAUACAAUAUUUGCCAGUACCUUGAAACAUGCCGUGAUUUGGUUAGUUUAAUAGAUUCAGGGGUCUGCAAUCUAUACAUCAAUAUUACGAUGUUUCUUUUCUUUUUUUAGUAGUCUAAUAAGCAUAAAAAUACAUUUACAAAAUAGUCAGUUUUUACAUAUAUUUAACUAGUUAGGCUAUAAAUAGCUUUCAUUAUUGAAUGACGUGGUUAUUUAUAAUUAUCAAAAUAUUUCUCAACUUGUCCGCCAUCUUUUCACUGAACUCAUUGAACUCAUUAUGCCUUAAAAUGCUGUCUUGGUAGGCAGCUCACAAGGUAUUGGAACGGAUGUUGGAAGCGUGCAUUGUUCAGUUAAGUCUGAAUAAAUUAAAGUAGGACAGACAGACAAACAUUUAUUCAGCACAGGAACUAGCCAGGCCUUUCUUAAAAAUAAUGGUACAGCAAUGGUGCAGGUGCUGCAUUUUCAGUUUCCAUGGAAAAGUCCUCAGUGCUUGACUGCACAUACACAUUCAUGCCAAAUACAGUAUAUUAUUAGUCAUGCACGUCAAAACCUGUGCCACGCAAAAAUCCAUUUUAUUUUUCCUGCUGAUGUGUCUUGUAUUAAUACUCCCAAACCACUAACAGGUCAGGUUUAAGCUACCAAGCAUGCACUGCUUCCAUGGUUACACUGUCCUAAUGGGUACCUUUACCAGAUGUGACCCUUUACCGGUCAAAGGUUAAAGAGCAAAACACAGUAUGCCAACAUUCUUGCCUAUAACAAGAUUCACUCUGUGCCAAGUUGUCUUUGUCUUUUUUUUUUUUUUGGAUUGUUGACUUGACCAAACAACCUGAUGGAUAAUCAAUCCAAGCAUAUUAUCCAUUUGAUUUAAUGUUAUCAGACCAAACAUUGCCUCACACUAUUGGGUGCCAGGGUGAUGCAUGUUCAAAGUCAGAUUUGUACACUGUUACGUUUGUCAUUUACUAUAAUACCAAACAAGUCGUAUUUCGGUACUUGCGAUAGUUUACUGGCUUAAAGCAAUGAAAUAUCCACAUUGGUGUCUCUGUGGACGUGCCUGUAUGUUUUGAUGUCUUUGUGAGUUUAUACCAGAUUCAGUCGUGUAUGUGCAUGUCUGCUUAUAGUUUUUGAAAUCCUGUCAGAGUUCUAUGUAAUGUAUUUCUGUGCACUGUAUCCACAAGUCUGUUUGUCAUGUGUGUCUGCCGUUCACUGUACAUCUGUCUCUAAAUGAUGAUUGGUACUGUAGAUUGUAUAAAAAAAAACAAUAAAAAUAAAAUACAAUAAAAUUUUAAAAUGUUAAA